UGGAAACAUCUGCAGGGGCUGCAGGAUGCAUGUGUCAGCACUCCUCUGGAUACUCGGCUUCUUGCUGAAGGAGGCGCAGGCGUGGGGCUACAAGAACGGGAUCUUUCAUAACUCCAUAUGGCUGGAACAAGCCGCUGGAGUUUACCACCGGGAGUCGCGUAAAGGGAGAUAUCAACUGACCUACAAAGAGGCCAAGGCGGUCUGCAAGUACGAGGGCGGGAAGCUGGCCACCUACGAGCAGCUGGAGGCGGCGCGUCAGAUAGGUUUCCACGUGUGCGCUGCAGGAUGGUUUGACAGAGGACGCGUGGGGUACCCUAUCGUCAAAGCCGGCGCCAACUGCGGGUUUGGAAAAGUCGGCAUCGUCGACUACGGAUACCGGCUAAACAAAAGUGAAAAAUGGGAUGUUUACUGCUACAACCCAAACUCGAAGGAGUGUGGAGGGGUUCUCACUGACCAGGAGAAGAUCAUUCAGUCUCCCGGCUUUCCUGAUGAGUAUCAGGAUGAGCAGAUCUGCUCAUGGCACGUCCGAGUUCGUCUGGGUCAGAGGAUCCGCCUCCGCUUCCUGGAGUUUGAUGUGGAGGACGACACGUCCUGUCUCGCAGAUUACCUGGAAAUAUACGACAGCUACGACGACGUCUCGGGCUUCGCUGGGAGGUUUUGUGGCGAUUAUUUACCAGAUGAAAUCAUCAGUACAGGAAACGUGAUGACGUUGAAGUUCAUCUCUGACGCGUCGGUCACUGCCGGCGGUUUCCAGUUACAAUAUGAUGCCUUCGAUGCCUCUUCGUUCCCGCAAAAUUCCACCGGUGACUUUGACUGACAGUUCAUCCUGUUUAUUAAUGUAUUAUUGUUUUUUUGGUCCUCGUGAUAUUUGAUGAAUGUGUCGUUGCGGUUCAAUAAUAACUUAAAUAAACAAGGCUGAAUUGUGAGUUUUUAUUUUUUUAGUGUUCUGGCAAAAUAAAAAAUCUGGAAUUUGUGUUCACAUGUUCUCAGCUUAACUCACAAUUGCAGAUUUAGAUUUUAACUGUUUGUUUCACAUUAUUUAAUAGGAAAAUAACUUCAGGAGUUUUGAAAAAAAAAAAGAAAAAAAAAAGGUGACUCUUACCCACCUACUGUUGACCCAAUGACAGCCGGGUCGGCUCCAGCAGUCCCCUGUGAGACUGAAAUGGACUAAAGCAAUGACAAAAUAUGAAUGGGUGUGAUAAUAUAAUGCCUUUUUAUCUGUAGUCUGAUUAAU